AUGGCUAAGGCUACUGCGCACAGGGUCGACAGACUGAAGAAAGAGGCUGGAGAAUACACCGUCCGGGACCCCAUCUCGGGGAAAGAUGUCAUCAUCAAGGAUGCACAAUUAUCGGAUUAUGAUAACGAUGCAUUGGAUCCAGCACAUCUAACGCCUGGACCCGCGCUACACCCUGGGGCUGCAGUAGCGCAGGCUGGACGAGGGUGCUGGAGGCGAGGGGACAAGGCCCGAGGGUAA